AUGAGAAAGUCUGGGAUCUCAGCUUGGCCUGACCCAGGGCUCCCCACCGCAUCCCACCUGCCUGCUGCCCUCUGUACUUCCUUGUCUUGGCCACACUGGGGGCACCCAGGGAGCAGAGCGGGGGUGAUAGAGGGCUGGAACCAAGGCACAGACGAGAACACACUGGCCAUGUCUCAGCUGAGCCCUGGCACCAACACCCUGAGGAGGAGGAAAGCCCAGGGACAAAGGGACUCAGGGGCCCGGAGAACCCCAGCUCUGGCUCCAAAUCGGCCAGAAGCCUGCAGCCUCCUAGGAGCCUGCCAGGGCCUCCGCGUCUGA